ACCAGCUAGGGUUGUGCUGCAACUCAGGACUCUCCAGCCGCUCCUCUUCGCCUUCGCCUUCUUCGAGCUCCAAGCCUUCCAUCUUCUUCAGAGCGUCUUCAGCAAUGGCGGACAAAGCAGUCACCAUCCGGACCAGGAAAUUUAUGACCAACAGGCUCCUCUCCAGAAAGCAAUUCAUCAUUGAUGUUCUUCACCCAGGCAGACCCAACGUCUCAAAGGCUGAGCUGAAGGAGAAGCUAGCUAGAAUCUAUGAUGUGAAAGACCCAAAUGCUAUCUUUGUUUUCAAGUUCAGAACUCACUUCGGUGGUGGAAAAUCCACUGGGUUUGGUUUGAUCUACGAUUCUGUAGAGAAUGCAAAGAAGUAUGAGCCAAAAUACAGGCUAAUCAGGAAUGGACUCGACACCAAGGUAGAAAAAUCAAGAAAGCAAAUGAAGGAAAGGAAGAAUAGGGCGAAGAAAAUCAGAGGUGUUAAGAAGACCAAGGCUUCGGAUGCUGCCAAGGCAGGAAAGAAGAAAUGAAAUUGCUGGAAUUUUGUGCCUAUCGCCAAGGAUAAUCUGCAGAAUUGUGUUUUCCUUUUAGUAGAGUCUCUUUUAGUUAUCUUUUUACUCCUAAAUUAAAUUAUGUUAAAUCAGUGGUUUGGUUGUUGGUGAUUAGUGAUAUGAAAAUGAAAACUUUUGUUCUUUGCAGAGGACAGAAUUUUUGAGGCUUAUCGUUGGUAGAUUAUGAAAACUGAUUGAUGGGAUAUUCCAAAGUUUUAUCAAUUUUUUCUCAUGGAGUUUUUUGCAUCAUA